AUGUUAUCAACAACACCAUCAUCAUCAUCGUCAACAGAACAGUCAAGAGGACAUACUGAACCCACUCAAGCAAUACCCAAACCACUGAUAAACAACACUCAACAAUCUAUCAAUCAUGAAGAACAACAACAACAACAACCAACUCCACCUGACAUACCAGUUCAUAUCACCUUACUAUACUUGACCCAUCUACACCUCACCACAGCUUCCAAGAUAUCCAGAACCUUAAUGACCAGACCAAGCUAUUCAUACCAACUAUUUGGAACCCCAUCAAAACCAAAUCCAACAGAAACAGAAACACAUCAAUCCCACAUCAUUCAAUACCGACGCCAUAUCUUGAUAGCCAUCAAUUGUCUUCGUUCGAUUCUCUAUGGAUCAGAAUCACUUCAGAUCCCAAUCCAAUUCAAGUUCAAUGCAUUAAUUUGGUUAAUCAAAAUCUUGAUUAAUGAAACUCAUUCUAAUCGUUAUCAACUUGAUCAAUUGGUUCAAUAUGGUUUUUUAAUCAUUAAGAAAUCAGGCUUACAACUUGAUCAUGAUUCUAGGUUCGAGUUAACCGAAUUAGAUAUCUUGAUUUCGUUGCAAGAUUCUACAAUUUCUUUUAGACAAAUUAAAAAACAAGUCGAAAGAGCCAUUGAGUUGACUUAUCAAAAGAAUGGUUCAAUUCAUGCUAAAUCUAUUAAAUGGUACUAUCGUUUUCAAAUCUUAUACAUCCAAAUCAAUUCACCAAAAGAUUAUUCAUCAACCCAAGAAACGAUCCAAAGCGUUCUAAAAACCUCACUUACAAGGGGAGAUCAAGAAGUUCAUAUAUUAUUUAAAGCUAUUGAAAUCAAAUUAGCAUUAGACCAUUCACUCUUUACAUUAGUAGGAGACUUGGUUGAUUCGAUUAUCAAAUUGGUGGGAUUCAAACCCAAUGAAUCAUCAACUACUUUAAAGCUUUGUAAACCUUUGGAAAGUUUUUUGGUGGUGUUGAUUGGUUUUUAUUAUUAUGAGAUGGGUGAGAUUGAACUGGGAAAAGAAUGGGUUGCUUAUCUUUAUCGGAUCAUUGAGGAUCUUCAAUUAGACAAUGGAUCAUUUAAAGUUUUUAUCGAUUCUUCUGUUCUGCCAAAUCAUUCUACUGUUCAAAUCGACUCACCUUUUACGAGAAAGUUUGGUCAGAUCUCAAUGUUAGAUGAAGAGAUUCGAAACGAACCGAAAUCUGAUGUUGCCAAAGACUUUAUAUGGGUGAAAUUGAUGCCAAUCGAAUUGAUUCAAGCUUUAGUAUCUUUGAUCUCUGCAUCAAUCCAUUUGGAUGCGUAUGGAAAACGGCCAAAGGCUUUAACAUAUCUUAAUGAAGGAAUCCAAAAGAUUGAUGAAUUCUUGAUGAAAGGAAUCAAAGUUCGAUUUUCAGAGAUGUCAAAUUGUAUUCAAAGAUUAAUAAGGAUGAAGAUUGAAGGAAUCUUAAUGAUGAGUCAAAUGUCGAUUAUCCGAUCGAAUUUCUUACUAGCUGAUCAGAACUUAUUAGACCUGAUCCGAAUCACAACCUUAACCCAACAAUGGCCAAGAUACGCAUCGAGAAUAUGUUUUUUAAAAGCCAUGUUAUCACAAUCAACUAUGAACUUCUCGUUGGCUAAACAAUCACUUUCAAGUUCAUUAAGGUUUCUUAAACCUCUUUCGAUUCAAAUUAGAAAACAAAUCAAAGUCUUGGUGAUCACUACUUCUUUGAUGUUAGAGAUUGAUGAAGUUGAUCAUUCGAAUCAAUGUCAGGAAUGGUUAGAAGAAUUAAAGGCGUUUGAAGGUGUUUCGAACCGAAGUAGAAUCGCUUUGGAAAUCGUAUUAGCUUUGAAAUGUGGUGAAAUCGUUAGAGCAAAGUGA